UUGUGUGUGUCCAGACUUCCCAGCUGAGCUUACCCCGCUACAAGCAUCGUCGCUUUCUGGGCACUUCAACUUGGUCAAUUUACGCCACAGCAACCACACACACCACAAACUCAACCAACCCAUUACACAUAGGACUCCGAUCGAAAGAAAGCAGUCCAAGCCAACCACAACCCAAGAGAACCCUUGAGCGCACACGCAGGACGAAGGAUAGCCGAAGAUGGACAUAUCAAGCAACCUAGAUUUACAUCGGAUCGUCUUCGUCCAAGUCGGCCUCUCUACCCUCGCCUCGGUCUCCGUCUCCCCCUCCUAUAACCUUCCGGUCCAUCUCUACGGCCUCUAUAAUAUCGACAAUGAGGUCGAUAAUCCGUCCCCGGCCGUCCUCGAAGGCUUGCGUCAGUAUUGCAUCUUACUAGUCCUAACGGCGAUUCUGGAUUUAUUUUGGAUGUAUAACUGGUCGAGCUCGACCUCGGGGAUUCCGUUCAUGCUAAUCCUGAUUGGGCUGAUCAUCAAGCCGAUCAGUCUGAUGACCUGUCUGAACCAACUGAGCCGGAACGGCGGCCAGGGCUUUAGCGCCUUCUCGUCCCACUUCACCGGCACUCGCGGUCCACCUGCUUUCCAUGGUCUGAAUCAGGGCCAGACCGUCGGCGGGGGAGGCGGCGGCGGGCUUCAGCGUGAAACUCCAGCAUGGGCGCCUUCGCACUCUAAUCCGGCCGCAUUCCGACGAGCCGAUAAUGCGCCCCCACCCGGCCCCUCCGCGGUCUCUCACCAAGCUUUAACGGCCGCCCACGAGUUCGCCCUCGACGACCAUGCCGACGCCCAGAACCUUUCCGACGACGAGGUCCGCAGGGCUAAGAAAGAACUCGACCUCCGCAUCGCUCUCAAAAAGCAACAGAUCCAACAACAGCAACAACAGCAACAGCAACAGUCACAACAACAACAGCAGCAGCAACAGCAGCAACAGCAGCAACAGCAACAGACAUUGCCGCCCAAUCCUCAACUGUCUGCUCCUUCUCCAGCUCAGCCUGUUGAUGGAAGUGGAUACCACACCCUCGAAUGAACCCAUACACCCCCCAAAAUCAAUAACUGUCGCAAUGGCCUUCUUCCUUGGAUAGUUCACUCCUCCCCCAAUUUCCUAUCCUUUCCACUCCUACUCAACCCCAAUCUUCUUAUCUUUGUUCUUCCCAUUCUUAAACUCAAAAUCGGCGGAAAUCAUCCCUCCCCCCCCCCUUUUUUUGCCAAGCUGUAAUCUUAUUUUAUUCUUUUUUUUUUGGUUGAUUACGUUUGGGGGUUUCCAAUAUGAUUGUUUCUCUGUUUUGAUUUAUUUCUUUUGGGGAUGAGUUAUCAAGACACAAAAGGAAGACAAGUUUGUGUGUGUGUUUUUUCCCCCUCCUGUCUGAUAUCGCAUCCAAUGUCCAUCCUCCAUAUCUGCAUCCUGUUCGAUUGAUUGACAGCAGACAUACAACCAACAACAUACAC